AUGACUUCGUCCCACAUCUUUAGAAGUUCGCCCGUUGAUAUCCUUCGGCCACGACCCUGCUUCCUUUCAUCCCACGAAACUGGCGGCUCACAAGGUAUCUUUAUGGAAGGCCCUUUUCCUCAGGGUCCCGAAUCUCCCACUUUUCGCAAAGUUCCAGACUCCGUGCCGCCUUCAUCGGCCCGCUCGCAUCCCGUCUCCAUCUUCUCAAAACCAGACGACGUCAUAACAGAUCCGAAUCUACCAUCAGUCGCCAACGCCAGUCUGCGUGCGUCUCCCUCGUCCUUCAUGGAAAGGUCAAGGCAUCUGUCGCCGCAUCUGACGUCUGCAGCGAGUAAUCCCGAUCAGCGCGGAGAAGGGGAGCAGCCCAAGAACAGCACUCAUCACAGUACCCUACAAACCGCGCGCGAGGCUCUCGGCGCCGUGAUGGAGGCAAAUCGUGAUGAAUCGGAGAACGUCGACGCCCCUUCGACUGGAGCUGCGUCUCACCCCACGGAGUCCAAGUCGCUUCAUCGAUCAACAGAAGAUGAGCGUACAGAACAACGGCAGAAACAGCAACAGCAACACCGCGCCAGCCCCACUGCACUGCCCGACGCCUAUGGUAAUGGAGAUAACCCGGGUACCCUGAUGAAUAGCGCGACAGUGGCGAGCCCAGGCCCAAUUGAAGAGGAUAAUCCACUGGAGGAAGGAUCGCACCGUAGGGAGGAAGAAUCUGUGCUCGAAGAUAGCAACAGCAAAGCCUUUUCUUAUCCUGUACCCAUGCCAAGUCCAAAUCUCAACGACCCACGCCGGGGAAUGAGUCUUCCGCAUUCUGGCUUGAGCAAAGCAGGCCCACGCUCUCCAUCUGCCAAAAAGCAUCGCUGCCCUUAUUGUUCUACGGAAUUUACACGUCACCAUAACCUAAAGAGCCAUCUACUCACGCACAGCCAGGAGAAACCUUAUGUCUGCCAGACCUGUCAAUCGCGUUUCAGGCGCCUACAUGACCUCAAACGACACACGAAGCUCCAUACCGGCGAACGUCCUCACAUAUGUCCUAAAUGUGGCAGACGGUUUGCUCGAGGAGAUGCUCUAGCAAGACACAACAAAGGUUCGGGAGGCUGCGCGGGAAGGAGGUCGAGCAUGGGUGGUUUUGGUGUCGAGGAAGAAUAUCCUGAACAGGGUGGUACCUCAGGGGUGGUGCAGGCAGAUGACGCAAUGGAAGGAUUGAUGUAUACAGAGCCAGAGCGCAUGGAUGAAGAAGAAGAGAGACGUUUGAGUAUACCCAGCAUCAGGAAGGACAACGUUACGCCCGAGCCACACUCACAGACCUCCGCGAGCCGCCACGUCUCUUUUACGUCUCAUCAAUCGAGCACGUAUCCCCCAUUAGGCGGCAAUCGCUCGCCCGGUGGUCUUUUCCCGCCCGUUGCCAGCCAUGCAGGCUCCGCAUCGCCUUCCCCGAUAUCACCGUCCUACCCGCCCGGCAGCAGCGGAUCUUCCUCCUUCAACCCUGCCCAUCAAGGCUCUUCUCCAUCAAUAUUUGUGCAGACCACCAUGACGGAAAGCCCAAAACCAUUAUCUCCCAGCGCCCUUUCACCGCAUCAGCUCAGCCAUGGUCAUGAAACGAAUACACUGCCUCCGCCAUCGCAACCACAGCAGCAGCUCACUCCAGGCCACUCUCCCAAUCUAAAGCCACAAUUCCAGCAAGGUCAGUCGCCAUAUAACCGAAGCCGUCAGGGUUCGGGAGCUUCUCUUGGGGUGCCUUCGAUGACCGCGCCGGGUCCGCUGAGCCUCCCUUCGCCACAGCCCGGCACGCCCCAUCUUCCGCCUCCUCCCGGCCUAAAUCCUCCCGACUCGAGGUUUACCCUCCAUAGCCAGUCCCAGGGAUCAGUGUCUUCCAUACACUCCGUUAACAAUCGCACGGACCCGCAUAUGCAGCAAGCCCGUUCUCCCCAUACCACUUCGACGACAGACAUGAAUAAUCCCGACAGCAAUAAUAUUAAUACUAAUAUCUUCUCACAACAGCGACAGUCUUCUCUUCCAGGUGUGAGUAAUCUUUCGGUUAAUGAUCGGAUUUGGGAUUACGUGCGGUCUCUGGAGACACGCAUGAAUGGUUUAGAGGCGGAAGUCGGUCGCCUACGGGAACAGCUUGCCAGCACCGGCGGGAACACUUCAGCUUCCGGCGCCAACGGGGCAUAA